GCGAUUAGUUAAAGUGCAGCAGUCGUAGAGAACGGACGCGUGUGUGCAGUUAGUUCCUCCAGCUACAUCGACUACAGUUUGAUAAUCAGUGUGUGACGUCAUCGAUCAUGAGCUCAUCUUUGCAGUUGUUCAGUCUCGCUGCUGCGCUGCUGCUGCUGUGUCUUUGCGGUGGCGCCGAUGCCCAGUUUAAGACGGCGGGCAUCAAAACCCGUCAGCCUGUACAGGUUGCCGGCAAUCUACAGCUAUACGGCAAUGCCAGCAGCGAGUACAACCAAACCCAGUACCAGACCCAGACCCAGACUCAGUAUAGCACCUAUGGCAACUAUGCCAAUUUCGUGCCUGCCGAAACAUAUCAAGGAGCAUCGGGACAUUAUGUUCAAUCGCUCAAUCAGGUGCAUCGUCCGCCCCAGAUCCUGGACGAGACGGCGCUGUUCAUCAACAAGACCCGCUCGGCUAUGGCUAGCGGCAUUUGCUAUAAGGAAGUGCCCACCGCAUCUUUGUUGCAUGGCUCGCGGGAAAAGUAUGUUGGCAAUGGCACCUCCCCAGAUCUGAGUCAAAUUCAGGUUUGCUGCGAGGGCUACGAGCGCAAUCCCCAUGUCUAUAAACGAUGCGAUCCCAUCUGCGUGGACGACUGCCCCAAUGGCAUUUGCACAGCUCCCAAUACUUGCGUUUGCAUGCCCGGACAUGUGAGAACGGACGAAGGCAAAUGCAUCUCCACCUGCCCGCUGGGCUGCGGCAAUGGUGUGUGCGAUGAACAGAACGAAUGCCGUUGCCGCGAGGGCUACAAACUGGAUCCCGUUAGCCGCAAGUACUGCCAGCCAGAGUGCAAUCCAGGCUGCGGCAACGGCCGCUGUGUGGCGCCCAACAAAUGUGACUGUCUCCAAGGCUAUCGCCGUGCAGCCGAUGGCAGCUGUACUCCUGUCUGUGAUCACUGCGAGAACGGGCAGUGUAUCAAGCCAGGACAGUGUAGCUGCAAUGAGGGCUACGGGAAAGUGGAGGGACGUUGCGAACCUGUCUGCGACCAACCCUGUAAGAAUGGCCGUUGCAUUGCGCCCAACACUUGCGAAUGUGCCCCGGGAUACGAUUGGGAGCGUAAGAGUGGACAGUGUGUGCCGCACUGCGAUUUGCCCUGUUUGAAUGGCGUCUGCAUCGGGCAGAAUAAAUGCGAAUGUAAAUUGGGCUAUGUCGUGGAUGAGCGUCGGCCGAAUCUCUGCCAGCCGCAUUGUCCUCAGGGCUGUCCCAAUGGCUACUGCAGCGCGCCCAACUUCUGCAUCUGCAAGCCGGGCUUCAUCAAGAGCGGCAUCAAGGGACGCCAGAGCUGUCAGCCCGUCUAAAUAAUUGGAUUUGUCAUCGUGAAUUUAUUUGCAUUUUUUUUCAUUUUUGAUUUGUUAUUUAAGAGCUACGACCAAUUAAAGAGACGGCCGAUUAACGCAUUAAA